AUGUUCCCAGCCACCUUUGUCCCCACCUCUCCCCCUCCUCACAACCCCCUCCUCCAAAUUACUAUCCGCCGCACACAUCAAACUCUGCCGCAGAUAAUCAAAGCAAUGCGCCAGAUGCUGGGAUUCGAGAAAAGAGGUGAAUUCCGGGGAGCGUAG